GCCCCGCGGAUCGCCGUAACGGAGGUUAUAAACAUCUGGGUAUCCAAACGAGCUAUGAAGACUCUCCUCGACGAGGCGGGGAUCGUCGUCGUCCGGAGACGGGAAACAUAUGGGGGCCUCGGCAUGUGCACGGCCAAGCGCAUCGACGCAAGUAGACGCACCCGUCGCGUGGCGUUGAGCGUGUCUACUCCUGGCUGGACCAGCCUCUGACUCGGCCUCCAAGCAAGCGGAGAAGGCGAUACAUACUCUCGCUCCUGGAGUACCAGGGGGGAGGGGGGACCGUACAUGCGAAUUUGAUUUUUUUCCUUCGGACACACAUCGCCAAACAGGGUACAGAAUUUUUCAAGACUAGCCGUAGUCGUAGAGGAUGUUUGAACGUUAGUGCGGAGAACUAGAAGAGAUUUAUAUAUAUAGUUGAUGCAUACAGCGUGUAAUAUAUGCAAAUAUAUAUAUAUCUACAGCGCUCAUUCGGAAUCUUUAUGCGAUCUAUUGUAACAUGACAUAUAAUUGUUAAGCCAAGUGCCGGUGCGAGUGUCAUGCAGCUGAAGAUAAUCAUGUUGCACAAUGAUGAAUGACACACGUAGUUAGUAUAUGAGACAAGUGACUGGAUUAGUUAGGGAAUAGAUAAAAUAGAAGAGAGAACAAUGUCAGUUCCUUCCUGCUCAACAAGUAAAGGACUGGAAACUGAAACUACUAUGAAGGAUAAGGUGGCGUACGGAAAAUGGGAACGUUUCAGCAACUGGGUGCAUUGUAUAUGCAUCGUUACCUUCGAUCUCGAGUUGGGUCAAGCUAUAGAGGCAAUUUAUCCAAGUCAUGUCAAAUUAUCGGAGCAAGAGAGAUCCAAUGUCUGUUACUUAGCCUUCCCCGACUCCAAUUCUGGAUGCAUGGGAGAUACUCAGUAUCACGUAAGAAUAAGGCAAAGCAGUAAAAUGGUGCAAGAAACCAAUGCUCUCAAGGAAUACGACAGGAAAUCACCUUCUUUUCUACAAACUGAUAGAGAUUAUUACUGGGGAUACGUAUACUUUCGACAAGUGAAGGAUAAGUCGUUGCCGAGGGGAUACUUUCAAAAGAGUGUCGUCAUAAUUACGAAACUGCCAUUUGUCAAUCUGUUCGGUGAAUUAUGUGCUUUAAUCGCGCCGGAAUUUUUCGAGGCGGGAACAGCGCUUAUGGAAGCCGUGGUGCACCAGAUCGAUCACUGGCCACCUCCAGUUCCAGGCCAGAUGGUUCACUUACCUCUUAUCGGGGUGCUAUUCCAGACGUACAUCCCGAAUCAAAAUUACAAAGCCGCUGUUCCGUCGAUCGCCGCCAUGGAGCACACCCCGAACGUGCACUCGACGCGAAGACUGAUACUGACAUCAGCCUACGAAGGCGACAUGUUCCGGAGUCUGGCCAGCGUUGUCAGUUACGUGCAUUUACUGUGGGAACUGGUGAUCCUCAGCGAGCCAAUCGUUGUGAUGGCAGGCUCGCCGACCACAUGCUCCGAGAUGGUUCAAGCGCUCAUAGCCAUGAUCGCACCGUUGAAGUAUUGCGCCGAUCACCGCCCGUAUUUCACCAUUCACGAUUCGGAAUUCAAGGAGUACACGACCGACUCGCCGGCGCCGCCUGCUGUGAUCCUCGGCGUGACAAAUCCGUUCUUCGCGAAGACGCUGCAACACUGGCCGCACAUCAUUCGGAUAAGCAACGGCAACAACAGCGAAGAUCAGAAAUACAAAAUCAAGAGAUCUGAAAAUCUGAAGGUGCUGGACUCGAAGCCGGGCGUUUACACACAGUACAAACCUUUCCUGCAGAAGGACAAGACUAUACUGAAGAAUUUGUUCAGGGGCAUUCAGACGAAACGGCCGGGCGAGGUGCAGACCUUGCUGUUGAAACGUCACCUAAUAGAGCUAACGGAGAGCUUCAUGAUUCCCCUCGAGAGAUACAUCGCGACCCUCAUGCCACUGCAAAAGAACAUAUCACCCUUCAAGGCAACUCCUACACCACAAAUGUUCAAUCCAGAUGACUUCCUAGCUAGCUUAAGUAGCUCCGGUCCCCAAUUAACUACAGGCAUAAAAGGAGAUUGGGUAGGGCUGUACAAACGAUUCUUUCGAUCGCCGAACUUCUCCGGAUGGUUCCACGCAAGGUACAUGGAGCUGAGUCAACAGUUGCAAGUUAAACAGUUGGAGAAAUUAUCGCAGGCGGAUUUGAAGACGUGGGUGCAGGGGAAGCAAGAGGUGGAAGUGGUCGAUAUGAUUCUCAGAAUUCGCCAGAAGUUGGAGAGAAGCUGCAUCGAUGACGUACCAAUCGAUAACUCGGUAAGGGAGAGACUGCGGGAGAGAAUAAACGAUAUUACGCAUGUGUUGCCGGACGAUUUGAAGGUAAUCUUAAGACACGAAUCUUGACAGUACGAGUACGUUAUUAACUACAAAACUCGCUAGCGAUUAUAUUUAUUUCUAAGAGCCGGGUAUCGUAUUUUUAAGUCAACUAAAAAAAAAAGACGUAAUAUGUAAUAAGAUAAUUUAAAGAUGCUCCACUCCCUUUCCAUUUGUAUAAUGUAAACGAACGAAAGAGUGUCAACGCAGUUAUAGUAUAUUUGAGUAUACGAUGAACAUUUCAUUAAAAGAGAGGAUGCUGUUAUACGUAUUUUAACCUGCAGCUCAAAAUACUCGCCGCAGACGGGUUGAUGAAGUAAAUCCAAUGUUUAUAUAUAUGUAUAGACAAAUUAAUCGUGGAAACAUUAUCUUAUACGUGUUUAAGCGUAUCACUUAACCCUUUGAGUACGGAGCUGAGUGCUGAGUUCUACUGUGGCUGGAACCCAGCUGAUGAUGAACAAACUCUGUGUUGUUUUUCGUGCUUAUCGAAUAAGAUAAUUAUGUCGAAAAAUUAUUCGCGAUAUAUAGGUUGAUUUACUAAAAUACUUGUCUCAAACUUAUAUGAUAUUACUUAUUUAUAUUUAUUUAUAUAUAUAAAUUUAUUUAUGUACAUGAAUUUCAUGAAGCUAAAUUGUUUAAAAAAAAAUUGCGUAAUAUGCACCCACGAUACUCAAAGGGCUAAGUACUUCAACGCUUUUAUACUCGGUAUAUGGUAUUUCGUCAAUUUGUGAUCUUAUCUCGCUCUAUUAAGCUUGACUGAUCACACAGUGCAAUUUGAUUUUCUUCACAAUGCCAACUCAAUAGCUUCCAUCCUCUACUCGACCAAGUCAUUCCGAUCAAUGAUUUUAUACAUGCAGCGAUCUUUUUUUGUUAUCAAGUACCGAUAAAAUACUCUACUCUCGGGACAAUGAGCGAUAAUGGUAAUCUCAUGGAAAUAAGCAUGAAUUUCAACUCAAGUGGAAUGUGAAGAGAUUGAAAUGUUAAGCAAUUGUACAUACAUUUUUUUAGAUCUGUAAAUAUUGGUACAAACGAUGCGUAUAUAAUAAAAAUUUAUUUUAAUAUAUA